UCGUCGAACAAAAACGCGGAAACAAAAGAAAUAAUCAGUUUGUCAAAACAAAUAACAUCGAGUCGGCAGAAAGUAAGCGCAGUUGUGGCUGACAGCUGUCAAAGUUAACACCGUAGCUUCUCCUAACCGAUCUGAAAGACUUGCCAUGGCGUUGAAAAGAAUACAGAAGGAGUUAAAUGACUUACAGAGGGACCCUCCAGCUUCAUGUUCAGCUGGACCUGUAGGAGAGGACUUGUUCCACUGGCAAGCUACCAUCACGGGACCGAAUGACAGCCCUUAUCAUGGAGGGGUAUUUUUCCUUUCUGUCCAUUUUCCCACUGACUAUCCCUUUAAACCACCAAAGGUUGCCUUUACAACGAAAAUCUAUCACCCAAACAUAAACAGCAAUGGUAGCAUCUGCCUUGACAUCUUGAGGUCACAGUGGUCACCUGCUCUUACAGUAUCAAAAGUUUUAUUAUCCAUAUGCUCGUUGCUAUGUGACCCAAAUCCAGAUGACCCGCUAGUCCCAGACAUUGCACACAUCUAUAAAUCAGACAGACAAAAGUACAACAAACUAGCCAGAGAAUGGACUCAGAGGUAUGCAAUGUGAACGACAGAAGGUUCAGAAACAAUGACGCAUCCCUGAACACCUCAAAAUAUGACAGUACUGUUUCAACUGCUCAUCCACACUGGUUCUAGUUGAGGUGUUUUAUUCGCUUGAGGCACUUUCUCUACUCGGACUUUACUUGACUUACCUGUUUUUACUGUUUAUUUUAUUUUCCCCUUAAAUUGGCAUUAUUAUUAUUAGUUGUGGUGAGAUGGCCUGAUUGUAUUUUUCUUUUAAUAGAUUGUACAAGACUAUACUGAAUUUAUUUUUCAUCAUUUUGCAUUAAAAACAUUAAUCAGAAAGUGAAUUGUAAAUUGUUUCUUGCCAUGCACACGAGUAAACUGAAAUUCUGAACUA